CCAAGACAUUCCAACGUCAUUGGCAGGCCCACCAUUCCUAGAGCAAAGUCUUUCAGAAAUAGCUCGUAUAUAUCAUGGAGUGUCCCGCUGCGUGUCCGAAUUGCUCUUCGGUCUCUGCUUUGCCAUUGAUUUAGUGCGGGGUACCUCGUUUCAACAUUUAUAUCUCCACAUCUUCCACACUUGAACAGGAAAGAUGACGGAUACAGAGGUUUCGGAGUCGAAAUGCGAUGUUCUCAUUGUUGGAGCCGGGCCAGCUGGUCUGAUGAUGGCCGCAUGGAUGGCGAGAUGUGGAAUCAACGCUCGAAUCGUCGAUAAACGCGGUACCAAGAUCUUCUCCGGACAGGCGGAUGGACUGCAAUGCCGCAGUCUGGAGAUUUUCGAUAGCUUUGGCUUUGCCGACCGCGCGUGGAAAGAAGCAAAUCACAUGAUUGAGAUGUGCAUGUGGAACCCCGACGAAAAAGGCGUAAUCACCCGCUCAGACCGCCUCCCCGACACCCCCGUCGGCCUGUCCCGCUUCCAGCAGAUUGUCCUGCACCAAGGCCGGAUCGAGCGUUUCUUCCUCGAUCACAUCAAGAAGCACUCCAAGGACGGGAUCCGCGUUGAGCGCGCCGUGCUGCCCGAGUCUCUCCACAUCGACGAAGCCGCAUGUGACGACCACUCACCAGACAACUACCCCAUCACUGUGAAACUAAGACAUUUGACGGAGGAUGAAGCUAUGCCUGCGCAGAGUAAGGGCUCGGGUGUGGGGGAUGGUCUGUUCAGGAGUAAUCUCGCCGAAGACGAUACUGAGGAGUUGAUUAGCAAGAGUAGGGAAAAGGAGGGGAGUACGGAGACGGUCAGAGCGAAGUAUAUGGUGGGGUGUGAUGGCGCGCAUAGCUGGACGAGGGGGCAGUUGGGGUUUCAGUUGGAGGGCGAACCGACGGAUUAUAUCUGGGGUGUUCUUGACGUAAUCCCCAUAACAGACUUCCCCGACAUCCGUCACCGCUGCGCCAUCCACUCCGCCACCAACGGCUCUCUCAUGGUCAUCCCGCGCGAAAACAAGCUCGUCCGCCUGUACAUCCAGCUCAACGAGAUCAAGCCCGACGCCUCGGGCCGCGCAGACCGCUCGCAAAUAACACCCGCCGUCAUCCUCGCCGCAGCCCAGAAAAUCCUCGCGCCCUACACCCUCUCGUACAAAAUCUGCCACUGGUGGACCGCCUACCAAAUCGGACAGCGCGUAGGCACAAACUUCGACUUCAAGAACAGAGUCUUCCUCGCCGGCGACGCCGUGCACACGCACAGUCCCAAGGCGGGACAGGGCAUGAACGUCAGCAUGCAGGAUAGCUACAACCUAGGCUGGAAGAUCGGCCUUGUUGUCCGGGGUGUGGUGAAGCCAGAAGUGCUGAGCACGUACGGGGCUGAACGCCGCCAAAUCGCCCUCGAUCUCAUCGCCUUCGACCACAAAUUCUCACGGCUAUUCUCAGGCCGUCCAGCAAAAGACGUCAUGGACGAAGAAGGCGUAAGCAUGGAGAAAUUCAAACAAGCCUUCCUAGCAGGUAACCUCUUCGCCUCCGGAUUAUCCGUCGACUACGCACCCAGCCUCCUCAUCGCAAAACCACAACCAGACACCGAAAACAACAACACGGCAAACAACCAACACCUCGCCCCCCACAUCCCCCUGGGAAUGCGCUUCCCCAACGCCCAAAUCCUCAACCAAUCCUCCGCGCGGCCCCUCCCCCUCCAAUCCCUCCUAAAAUCCGACUCCAGAUUCCACAUCGUCCUCUUCGCUGGAACCCCCACUGCACCCGCACAAGCCGAGCGCCUAUCAACAUUCUGCGCCCUCCUCACAUCCAGCAAAACCCUAGCCCCCCAUCUACACACACACAUCCGCAUCCUCACCGUACACGCCGCGCCGCGCGUAGAUGUCGACCUUUUGCGCGAUUUUCCCGACGUGCUGCAUCCGUUUAGUGAGGAGACGGGGUGGGAUUACGAUGCGGUGUUUGUGGAUGAGAGGAGUUUUCAUGAGGGCGGGGGGACGGCGUAUGAGGGGUUUGGUGUUGAUAGGGAAAGGGGGUGUGUGGUUGUUGUUAGGCCGGAUGGGUAUGUGGCGUUUAUUGGGGGGGUGGGGGAGGAGGGCGGGAGGGGCGUUGAGCGGUUCUUUGGGGGCGUGUUUGUCGCGUAG